AAACAAUUUAGCAAUUAUAUCAAUCAUACGGACAAACAAAUAUUAGACCAUUUACUGAAUUCAAGCAGAUAUGAUCACCGUAUGAGACCCGCCCUGAAGACAAUAGUAAACGUAAGUGUUUUACUAUUGACACUGUCUUCACCGGACGAGUCGAGUGUGACCUACGAAAUAGGGUUUUUGAUGCUCCAGAUGUGGGACGACCCGAGAAUAGAGUUCCGGGACGGAGGGAGACAUAAAUACUUAAAUGCAUUAAUGCACGCCGAUAUGCUCUGGAUGCCGGACACAUAUUUCAUAAAACAUGGUGAAUUCAAAUACCCGCUCGACCGCUUUGAUCCAGUUCACAUCGCUUUGAAGAUAUUUCCAAAUGGAUCAGUCAUAUACGUAACAAGGCGGAAUAUGAUCCUCACAUGUGAAGGAAAUCUCAAGAUAUUUCCCUUCGAUAGUCCCAAAUGUUUUUUCGCCAUUGAAAGCAGUAAGUAA